CAGGUUCAAGGGAAGCUCCUGUGCAACAAAUAGAAUCUCAGUGAAUCCAGUAAAAAAUGAAAUAUGACUAGGAGAUAUAAGCCAAUUCUCUUUCCACAAGCCUUUAUACUCCCGACUGAUUCCUGAAUUGAUUUUCAGUACUGGACAGCGCCUUUUUUUACAAACCAUGGCUAGAAGACAGACGGAAACUGGGACCAUUCACCAUACAAGGUGACCUAUGUAAACCUAUGAGAACUAGAAUGGGCGGGGCUUAUUGCCAGUUAGUGUAGUGUCGUGUCUAACUAUAGCUACUGCUUUGCAUAGCCAGAUAGGGGCGGGGUGCGUGUGCGCGCUACAAAAGUGAGGAUAGAAAUAUGCCUUCUUGCAAUGUAAUUGAAGCCACUGUUGCAUUUUUUCAUUCCGAAGAAAUUCUGUUAUACCGGAAGGAGUUGAAAUGAACGCAGAAAUGGUCUUUCGUAGUAGAAUUCUCUAUUCUCUUUCCAGUAAAGAAGUAUUUGCAUACCCAUUUUAAACAUUUCUAAGCAAUGUAAGCAAUCGGAGACGUAAGCAGUUAAGUACAGAACCUUUGAGAUGGGAUGUGGACAGCUCAGACCAAGGCUGCCUUUUUCGUAUUUACAACAUCCAAGCUUUUGUUUAUAUUCCACUUAGUUAUCUGUGCAGUUAUUAGUUCCUUGAUGAACUGCCGGCUGAAUACUUUAUGCUAGUUUGGUGCUGGUAUUUAAUGUGUCACUGUUAGUCAACAGAAUAUAUAUACAUAGAGAACUAUGGGAUUUCUGUUUAUCAUUCUGCUUGUACGUUUUGGUUGUGUUAUUGGUACUAACAAUGGUAUUGAAGGACUGGCAAUAUCACAAAAAGAUAAGACAACUAAGGGCCGGCAACCUAUUUACAACAGCAACACCAACACCUUGGAACGCCCACAUUCAUCUGUACUAACUAAAUCGACAGAGGGCACCAUAUUGGCAGCGGAACUAACGGAAGAUGUGCCAAAGAUUGUAGCAGCUUUUCUUCAAACUGGGGAUUCUUCUAAGCUAAGGAAUGUAAAUUGUUCUAAGAGAUAUAUAUUGAACAAUGUGGUUGACAUAUCUCAGCUAAAUUCACAUCCUUUGCUGAGCAGUGCCCUAGACACAUUAAUCUAUGCCACUAACUUCUUAAAUGUGAUUUUACAAACUAACAAGUCUAGAGAGCAGAAUCUAAAGCAUGAUGUUGAAUGGUACCAGGCAUUAGUAAGGAGCAUUUUGGAAGAAGACUCCAAAAUUUUCAGAGCAGUUAUCACUUUUAGUGAGAAUUCAGUGUCACCCUUUCCUCGGGUCUUUCUCCAGGCCACUAGAAAAGACAAUGAAAUCCUGCUUCAGGAUUUAUCCAUAACAGCACAAUAUUUAUCAAAUAUAACAGCUGAAACAGACUGGUUCCAUGAAUUUAAAAACAAAAAAGGACAUAACUUGCAGAAAAGGAUCUUAAAUGACAUAAUUAAAACAUUGGGUAGCAUUAAGAGAGAUGUCUAUGUAGUGGAUAAAAGGCAUAUUCAGUGGUCCCAGCCUUACUUAGAAUGUGAACAUGGAAAUUACCACCCCCACUGGCUAGUUACAAUCUCAUCUGCCUUCUAUGCAAGGCCAAACUUAAUUCCAGAGUUCAGGGGGGUGAUUAGAGCAGACAUAAACCUGCAGAAUGUUGACAUCGAUCAGUGUUCCAAGGAAGGCUGGUUUGCAGGAACUAACAGAUGCCAUUCAAACAGUACUGAGUGCACACCAAUUAAGGGACAGGGGUUUGUGCUUGGAGCCUACAGAUGUAUUUGCAGAGCUGGAUUCUAUCAUCCCACCACCAUAUCAAGGAACAAAUAUAGAGUUUACAGGCAGCUCUUACAAACCUGUAGGUCAAGGACUGCAUAA